GGACUUUUUUUUAUCUCCUUUAAUUUGUUCUAUGCGCACACUAAAAUAAAAAGUGAGAGAAGAAAGAAAGAAAGAUGUUCCCUAGUGCAAAAAUGACAACAAAGAAGAUAGAGGGGAAGGUGGUUUUGAUGAGGAAGAAUGUUUUGGAUUUGAAUGACCUGAGCGCCUCAAUCGCCGAUGAUUUCUCUGAUUUUCUUGGCCAUAAGGUCUCCAUACACCUCAUUUCUUCCACUCGCACACCUGCCUCAUCACCUAGUGAUCCUACAAAUGGAUCGAAAGAAGAACUCGGCACGACGGGUUACUUGGAGAACUGGGUGCUCAACAAAGCUCUUUUGGCCGACGGCAAGUCGGCGUUCCGUGUUUCCUUCGACUGGACUGAAGAUUUUGGGGUUCCGGGAGCAUUCAUCAUCAAGAACAAUCAUCACAACGAGUUCUACCUCAAAACCCUAACCCUAGAAGAUGUUCCCAAUCACGGCGAUGUCCACUUCGUAUGCUUCUCCUGGGUUUAUCCGGCCAGCAAGUACCACUACGACCGCGUCUUCUUCUCGAACCAGUUUUGUCCGUCCCUGUUUUCGAUCGGCCGUCGGUGUCCCUGUCGUGCGUCCCCGUCCAAGACGCCGGGCCCAAAUCGCCGAUCGUCCGUCCCUGUUGUGGUCGCGAGUCUCCGGCCAGUCGCGAUCGUUCGCCUUAGUUGUGGUCGCGGGUCUCCAGACGUCGGCCCCGUUGCAGUCUCCGCGUCCAUCGCGCCGAUUGAGUUCUCCGAUCGUCGCCAAUCAGUAGCCCAACGCAUCAAGUCCAAGUCGCCAUCUCUGCGAAGGAGAUCGCCGUCGUCCAGCCGUCAAUUAUCGCCAGAUCCUUUGGUCAGUCGUCAAAGUUCGUCGAAAAGAAUUGCACAGUCCACUUGCAAUAUUGUUUUGUGAAAGUAUUCUUUAGUUGGAUUUCAAAUUGGCCACACAGCAGCAAAUUCAAGGGAGUAUAUCCACUCGCAUUUUUUUUAGUUCAACAUGUUUGGUUAAUC